AUGGUACCUCAGAUCCCAGCCACGACAGCCAACCCGAUAGCCACUGCAGCAGCAGAAAAGCAGGAGCCUAAGAAGCCCAUCACCACAGUCCUAUUCGCGUUGCCCAAGACCACAUACGAGGAAGCCAAUGGAGCAGAAGGCACCGAUGAUACCCUGGCCUAUCUAAAAGUACAGCAGGAACUGCUCAGGUAUCUAGGUACAAAAGCCGCCGACGCUCUCAGUGCUAGACAAGCCUACAAAUGGACGGAGAACAUUUCACCCAACAAGCACCCCCGAGCCCGAGACGCUCUACGGCUAUGCUACUACAUGCGCUCACAGACCUUCGACACGUAUGCGGACAUAAAGAAUGGCUUCAUCAACCUCUACGUUGUUAAUCAGGUUACCAACCUUCGGGGUUCAGACAAGGAUAUGUUGUACUGGCGACAGUCCAUUUCGACCAACGAGAUCAUCCAGAGAGGCCCGCCUGCUGGUCGUGCUUCUACCGGGGUGCUUCAAGGCAAUGCAGCGGUGAUUGAGCUGAUGUCACGUGUCCAUCGCUUUGCUGAUUUGCCCGAUCCUCAUGGUCCUGCUCGCACAGCCAACGAUGCUAGACUGAUGGGCGGCAAUAUUCAAGAAAUGCUGGAAGAGAUGGACGAGAUAAACGCAGAGGGCUAUGAAGAGGAAGAUGAGGACGAGGAAGAGGAAGAUGAUGGAGAAGAGCAUGAGGGCGCAGAACCUGCUCAGAACAGCCUCACCAUGCACAUCGCACGCGCUGAAGUCAACCUGCACCGUCUCCUAGCUAGCGAACCAUACGAUGCAGAUGCUGUGGCCGCCGCACUGAUGCGGAUGGAGGAACUCAAUCAACAAUUGCACACCGAGUAG